AUGGGCAAGUUGAGCUUCUGGAGGUUCUUUGGCGAGCAGGGACGAGAUCUUCCCCUUCCAAGAGAGUCUGUGGACGGGAAGACGGUCGUCAUAGCUGGAGCGAAUGUUGGAUUAGGAUUCGAGGCAUCGGUUCAUGUCGCGAACAAGAAGCCCAGCUUGCUCAUUGCAACAUGUAGAGACAUAGCGAAGUGCAACCAAACUUUGGAAAUUAUGCGUGUGCUCUUAGUUCUCCGCGAACGUUGCCCCGGGACUCGACCAGCCAGUUUCGAUUCAUGGCCGCUAGAACUGUCUUCUUUUGACAAUGUCCGCUCCUUUGUUGACAGGUUCGAUGCAGAAGGGCCAGAACGCCUGAAUAUUCUCGUUGCUAACGCUGGCACAUUCAAACCAAUUUAUACUCGAACCCAAGAUGAUUGGGAAAUAAUGCUACAAGUCAACUAUAUCUCAUUCGCCCUUUUGACCAUUCUCCUUCUACCUCAUCUGCUCCAUUCAGCAACUUGUGAUGAUCCAUCCCGACUGGUCUUGGUGUCAAGUUUUGGACAUUAUCUUGCGGCACCCGUGUUGACAGGUUCCCGAAAUUGGGAUCACGUAUUAGGGGCUAUCAGUGCGGAGAAAUUGGGAGUGUCUGGGCCUUCCAGGUACAACCUGUCGAAGAUGCUCCAGGUCGCGUUCGUGCGCGAACUUGCUGCCCGGCUUCCUUCUCCAACUCCACUGGUCGUCACUGCUGUUGAUCCAGGAUUUUGCCACUCGUCCUUACAGCGGGAACUUGAAAAGUACUGUCUCUUACGUAUGGUUCUUGCAUUCGUGAAGUGGCUUCUUCGAGCAAGAACCUCAGAAAUGGGCAGUCGUAAUAUUUUCUAUGCAGCUCUAGCAACAGACGCACAGGAUCUCCAUGGCAAGUAUAUGUCAAGCUGUGAGGUCGUGGAGGAAUGUGACUAUCUAUUGAGUGCUGAGGGCAAAGCGUUCUCAGAGAGACUUUGGUGGGAGACGAUCGAAGUUUUAUCGAAAGUAGAUGAUCGCGUGUCUCAGAUCGUAAACACUUACCUGCCAGCCAGUAGCACCUAG